AUGAGCUAAUAAAAAUUACUUGAUAGAAGUUAGUCAUAGGGAAGACUUGUUCCUUUAUCCACUCAAUCUAGAAGAGACAGCAUUACUUAGCAUAAAAUGAUAAGGAAUGUAACUUAGUUAAAGUUAAAAAACAUUCAAGAUUUAAUAAAAUAGCAGAGCACCACUGAUGAUUAAAAUACCACAGCAAUUCCUAGCAUUUCUUAUAGAUCAAAUUUCUUAGAUAAACCUGCAAAAGAUGCAAAGAAAAGGAAUCUAAACUAGUUAGAUUCUCUUCAAGGGGAAGUUUACAAGCAAGAGGUGAUAAACAGUGUCUUAAAUCACAAACCAGCAAUCAACUUUAAUAUAAGGAAAACCAGUUAUAGUCCAUAUGAUGUCUAAAUUUAAAGGAGAUUUUUACCGCAAAAGACAAAUGUGGAGAGUGUAAAUAAGACACAGAUAGAUGACUAUAACAAUUAAAAGAUUGUCCCCAAAUUAAUUAUGAGAUUUAAGCACUAGUCUAGGAAUCACAAUGAAACUGUUUAGUCGAUGUAUCAAAAAUCAGCGGGAACAGGCAGAUACUAAUAAUUAACAAUAACAAAUGAUUAAAACAGAACAAUUUAGGAUGCAAGAGAUGCUCUCAAAUCUCCUAAAAAGACUAUAGAUUUACAGAUCAAUGAUUAAAAUUCAUCUCAAUCAUAAUUUAAGCCAGAUGAUUAUUUAGAUUUGACAGAAUAUUUAAGCCCAUAUACAAAGAGAGAGAAUGAAAAAGUGAGUAAUAUCAUUAUAUAAAUGCCUAAAUAAAAAUUCAAAGAGCAUGUCAAAGAAUAUGAUCAGGGAGAAGAGGAAGCAACAUAACUAUAUUUGGAAUUUUAGAAAGUAUUUGUGAAACUAAAUUCAAUACUAAGAACUAAUGAUGAAGGAAUAAGUAUUUUGGAGAAUGGAAUUCCAGGUUUCUUUGAUUUGACAGAUGGAGAUGUGGCAUAUUUUAGCUUUGUUAAUGAUCCAGAUUUUAAUCCAAAGCAAGCCGUGAAGAUAGCUCAGAACAAGUUGUAUGGAAAGACAGUGCUGUACGUGAGUGAUGUCAGCAAAAAGCCUAAUAAAAGCUCUGCUUCUUUAAUCCUAGAUGUAAAAUUAUAAAUGUUAAAAAUUUAGAAAAACAAAGGGAAGUUUGAACCCGAUCCAAAAUAGAAGCAGAGAUCAGAUUGGGUAUAUGUCGCAGUACAUGCUCAUUCUGAAACAAAGGGCACAAUUACACUUAAGUUAGACAAUAAAAAAAGUAAAUUUAUUCAAUAAUUAAAAUUAGAGAGACCAAUCAAGAUCACAUCAACAAAUCCAACUUAAGAAAAAUUAGAGUUAUUUUUUGCAACUAAAAAGAUGUCGAUGCAAGAGAUCAUAGAGGAUUUAAGAAAUAAUCAUGCCAAGAGAUCUGAUUUUCUAGAACAACUAAAUACCCUCAUCAAAGAGAGGAAAAAGAGAGAAGAUGAUGAAAAGAAACUCAAAUAUCGCAAAUUUAUUAGCAAUAUAAUGCUAAGUUCAAAUGAGAAAGACCAAUAAAAGGAGCAAUACUUUAACUCUUAAAAAGAUAAAAGAAAUUAAGCAAUUUAAAGAAAGGAACUUCAUGAUAAAUAGCAGCAUUAGCUACUGAUUUUAAAGCACCACAGACAUGAAAUUAAAAGAAACGUCCAAAGAGAAGUUGUAUAGAUCCUACAAGCAAAGUAAAGAAAAAAAGAUUUUCUCAAGCACUGGAUAAUUUUACAAAUAACUUAAUUGGCUAUGACACAGCUCAAUAAUAGAUUUGAUAAGUUUAAAAGCAUUUUCAUCAAAGAAUUGAGACAAUUCUUCUGUGCUAGGAGAAUUUAAAGGCAUUUUAGGAGAUAUCUUCGUAAAUUUAACGGAAGGCAAAAUCCAAUGAUAACAAUUUAACCAAUCCAUCUAAAAUAUGCAAAAUUUAGUUUCCUAAUGCUAAAUUAAGUUCUAGAUACAAGACCUCUCGAAAGAAGUCAGAAACUAGUUUAGGACUUUUGUGUAAUUAAUUUGGGAGUAUUACACUUACUUAACAAGAUGAAAACUUUUUAUAAGACAUCUGAAAAACUUAAGAAUAGAUUUUUAUAAACAGUAUCAAGGAGAAAGCAUAAAUAUAUAGUCUUGAAUGAAUACUGGAAUUAAAUUUCUGAUUUAUGCUACUUCAUUAAGAAAAAUAAAAAUUCUUCGAUUUUGAAAAGCUUUAACGGCCAUAGGUUUUCAAAUAUUACAGAAGCUGCUAAAGAAAAUGCUAUUAAGAAGUUUUUGAGGGCAAGGGAAAACUAAUAUUAUCAUCAAGCAAGAAACUUUUAAACACUGGUAAAUAAAUUUACUGAUGUUAGAGUGAAGAUAGCUUCGAAAUGCUUGUUUAACUUAUCUGUGCACUAAGUAAUGAGAAGGACUCAGUAAAAGGAAAUCAAGAAGAUCAAAGGAAUAGUAUAAAAGAAUAUUAUGGAUUUAAUUUCCUCGUCUUCAAAUAAAAACAAAAACAAAAGUAUAGUCAAAGCAUCUCUAAUAAGUUAGUUCAGAAGGAUGACCAUCAUUAAUCUUCAAGAUUCCAUCAACAAUGAUAUAAGCACCAUUAACUUCUUAAGUCUCAAAAACAUUAGUAUAGAUUAAACAACUACUCAGAAAGAUUCAUCAAUAUAGGAGGAGGAAAAAUCAAGUAACAGCGAAGGUGAACAAAGCAAUAACACACUAUCAAUUACUCGCAACUAGUCUAGAAAUUCAGUAUUGAAAUCAAGAAAGUCUUCUAACAAUUUGAUGAGUAGCUUGAGAAGGAAAAAGAAUAGCAAUGCCUCUUCCCUUAAGAAAUUGAGCUUCUUAAACUAGGAUGAAUAGGCAGACUAAUUAGAUGAUUUGAUUAUUGAAUGCAAAAUAAAAGGUGUAGUUGCUCCAUCGCCAGAGUUUAUUCCUGAUUUCUAAGAAAUGCUUGAGAUUAUGAAUUCCGCUCUUGAAGAAUCAGAAACAUGA